AUGGAUGCCACAAAACUGAAAUUGUGCCGAUGUUCAUUGGCUAAUGGAUGUGACGGGCUGACAAAAGGAUGGCUGCCGAAUGUCUUGUAUGGGAAUAUCAGCAGAAGUGACUCGAAAUGGCUUAAUGAAGUGUGUGUCACCGACGGGAAAUGCUAUCAAUCAAUUCGAGCCGGACCUUCGAUUCAUGCUUUCGGAUGCAUCGAUGUUAAAGAAGAAAAAGAUAAACUGCUGCCCGAUAUGCCUGGAUUUGAAGCCCAAAUAUGCACCAACUUGACCGAUUUGCAAUAUCAGGAAGAUGAAUAUUGGAUAUGCUGCGAUAGCAAAAAUUUCUGUGCGAAUCAGACCCUUCUUCCAACCAACUUUCCAACAAGAUUCGAAUUGACGGUUCCACCAGUUCAUGAUAUUUCGCGGCACGGCUUCUUUGGAUAUCCAAUCGUUUUAGGAAUGUCGUUUGUUGCUGUCACUCUUUUGAUCGGUUUUGGAUGCGGAUAUUUGGUUUGGUAUCUCAAAAAUGGCGGAACGUUCACAACGAUGUUCAAAUCGAAAAACCGAACAAUUCUGAUUCACGAUUCUGAUAGAAGUGUAAUGGCACCAUCGACGGAUAUGACAUCAGCCGGAGGAGGUGAAUCGAUUGAGAUGUCUUCGAUCGAUCAUCGGCAACUAUCGGCCGAUGCGUUGAUUAAGCAUCAAGUAGUUUUCAAAUUGCUCAGUGAUUUGGAAUCGACGAGUGGAUCUGGAUCGGGACCGCCCAUUCUACAAGAACGCACGAUUUCACAUCAGAUCACACUGAAUCAUCAAAUUGGGAAUGGACGAUUUGGCACCGUUUAUUGCGGUUCGUGGCAUUUCGAACAGGUCGCUGUGAAGGUGUUCAAUUCGUGCGACGAAAUGGCUUAUUUGAGAGAAGUGAUGAUAUACGAAACAAAAAUGCUACGACAUCCGAAUAUUCUGCGGUUUAUCGGAAAUGAUCGAGCCGAUUAUGGAGAAAAUUCUGAGUUGUGGCUUGUCACUGAAUAUCACCCGCUUGGAUCAGUAUACGACUAUCUGCUCAAAAAUACCAUUGAUGUCAAACAAUGUUUUGAUUUCAUCAGAUCGUCGGCCAAUGGAAUCGCGUUCUUACACUCGGAAAUCAUAUCUAACCGAAGAACAUCAAAACCAGGAAUUGCCCAUCGCGAUAUCAAAACUCGUAACAUCAUGGUCAAAAACGAUAUGACGUGCGCGAUUGGCGAUUUCGGAUUGUCGGUGACAAUUGAUCCGAACACUGGUAAAAUUGACGUGCCUCCCGAAUCGAAAUGCGGAACUACACGAUAUUUGGCCCCGGAAAUUCUCGCAGGAUCACUUCAAACGAAUCUCCUCGAAUCUUACAAAAUGGCUGACAUGUACGCAUUCAGCUUAGUCAUGUGGGAAUGUUUGAUGCGAACUGAAGAAGGCAGAAUUCGGGCACAUCCACCUGAGGAAUGUAUACCGUAUCUCGGUGAUGUGCAAAGAGAUCCACCUGAUAAAAUCAUGUGUGACAUCGUGUACAACAAGUCGGUUCGACCCAGAAUUCCUAACGAAUGGAUGGAGAAUCCAAGUGUUCGCUUGAUUAUUGAAACAAUGCGGGAAUGCUGGGCGACGAAUCCAACGGCGCGAUUAAGUGCGCUUCAGGUCCGGAUGAAGUUGGAAAAGAAGCAGAACGAGCUGCCCCAACUGAUAAACAUAGACGAGAAGGAUUUAAUUGAUAUUCAUUACUCGCCGCCUCCAUUAGUCAGAGAAUCAGCAGCGCAAAGAACCUCCAGAGUAUCGCCAAUUCGAAAACGUGAUGAGCAUGAACCUUUAAUCAAAUAG